CACAGAUCACUUAACUAACUCGUUCAACAGCUUCGCACAUGAAUAGCGUUGAAAAUUCUAAUUAAUGAUAAAAUUACAAAAAAUAAAAUAAUAAUCAAGUGAAUUUUGUACACGAAACAAGAGUGAGAAAAUUGACGUAUCAGUGAAUUGUAAAAAUAAUGCCCGUUCGUCGAAAUGGAUCAGUACGAUGAAAAUACACAACUGUCAUCGAAUCUGUCAGCCACUUUAAAGUUUGGUGUUGAUCGCAUUUUAUCCAAUGGAUUUUGUAAAAAAAUUUCUAGUAAUUUUGACCAUGAUCCGCUGUAUCUGACGCAUCUGUCCGACGUGAAUCAGUGCUCCUGUCCAGAUGAUUGUCAAGGGUGCAUCAACCGGUCAAAGUUCGUGUCAACAUCGCGAAUCAUUCCGUCACUGACCUCACACUCAACGGGUGUGAUCACCAAAUACCAAAAUUUAUAUCGUCCAACACCAGUGAGGCCUACGAUUGGCAUGCAGUUUUCGUCAUCACCAAAUGCGAAAAAUACUAAUGACGGUGGGAUGAGAAGAAAGAGAUCAUGGUCCAGAGCUGUUUUCAGUUCACUUCAACGUAAAGGUCUCGAAAGAAGAUUUUCAUUGCAGAAAUAUAUUACGAAACCCGACAGACGACAACUAGCAGCUACUUUAGGUCUAACCGAUGCACAGGUGAAAGUGUGGUUUCAAAAUCGACGUAUGAAGUGGCGCCACACUAGAGAGCAUGGUCAUCUCUUGACUUCGGAAUGUAAAUCCACAGACCAAGAUAUACAGAAAAAAAAUUCAAAACAAGACCAGAAAAAUUAUUCGGAGAUGCAACGAUUAUAUGGAAAUGACGAGGACACCGAGAUCGAAGUUGAACUAUGAUAUAAAUCCAUUUUAUCUAUCACUAUUCAUAC